AUAGUUUCAAAAAUUGGACAAAUAAGUCCCUCAACCCUAAAACUACGUCGUUUCCCGUUUGGCCCUAAAUGGCCCAUUCUUCUUCCUCCUCCUCUUCUGUAAGGGCCCGCUUUGAGAAGAUUAUUAGAGAAGCUCAGGACCCCGUCUGCACCGCCCUUGAGGCCGCCGACGGUGGGGCCAACUUUAAGGAGGACGUUUGGUCCAGGCCCGGCGGCGGUGGCGGCAUCAGCAGGGUUCUCCAGGACGGGGCCAUUUGGGAGAAGGCUGGAGUUAAUGUCUCCAUUGUUUAUGGCAUCAUGCUGCCAGAAGCUUACCGCGCUGCAAAAGCUGCCGCUUCUCCUAACCAGAAGCCUGGUCCUAUCCCGUUCUUCGCCGCUGGAAUCAGCUCCGUUUUGCAUCCGAAGAAUCCAUUUGCCCCAACCUUGCAGAUUAUGAUUUUUCAUCCUUAUUUCGGAGCUGUUUCUCAUACUAUUAUUACUACUGUUAUGCUCUUGGAGCACCUAGGCAGUGGUAGUUUGGCGGGGGGACUGACUUGA